AUGGUGCAUAGCGCUUACGACUCAUUCGUGCUUCUCAAUGAUUGCCCCACGAAGAUCGACGCCGUCGCAUCGUACGGCUCAAACUUACUCAUCGUCUGCUCGGAUGGAUCGCUCCGCGUGUACGUACCCGAAUCCACCGGCCCCGACCGGUCGACCUCAGAGCUUCGCAAGGAACGCUACGUCCUGGAACGGACUGUGAAAGGAUUCUCCAAGAAGGCUAUGCUGGCAAUGGAGGUGAUCGGGUCGCGGGAGCUGCUUGUAUCGCUCUCCGAGUCCAUCGCGUUCCAUCGGUUGCCCAAUUUGGAGACCCUGGCCGUGAUUACGAAGGCAAAAGGGGCGAAUGUGUACUCGUGGGACGAUAGGAGAGGGUAUCUUUGCUUCGCGAGGCAAAAGAGAGUUUGUAUUUUCAGACAUGACGGAGGAAGGGGUUUCGUAGAGGUUAAAGAAUUUGGAGUACCAGAUACGGUUAAGUCAAUGGCUUGGUGCGGUGAUAAUAUUUGCUUGGGAAUUAGAAGAGAAUACAUGAUAUUGAAUACCACAAAUGGGGCAAUGUCUGAGGUGUUUCCUUCAGGGAGGAGUGCCCCCCCUCUUGUGGUGUCACUUCCAUCUGGAGAACUUCUUUUGGGGAAGGAUAAUAUUGGAGUAUUUGUUGACCAAAACGGUAAGCUACUUCAGGAAGGCAGGAUUUGUUGGUCUGAAGCUCCUGCUGUUGUUGUUAUUCAAAAGCCAUAUGCAAUAGGUCUUCAACCAAGACAUGUUGAGAUACGUUCUCUUCGUGCUCCUUACCCAUUGAUACAGACAGCUGUCCUCCGAAAUGUUCGUCGUCUUGUUCAAAGCAACAAUGCUGUAAUUGUUGCUCUAGAGAACUCUAUUUUUGGACUCUUUCCUGUUCCUUUAGGUGCACAGAUUGUACAACUAACUGCAUCUGGCAACUUUGAGGAGGCCUUGGCUUUGUGCAAAUUGCUUCCACCAGAAGAUUCCAGCCUUAGAGCUGCAAAGGAACAGUCAAUUCAUAUAAGAUAUGCACACUAUUUAUUUGAAAAUGGGAGCUAUGAGGAGGCCAUGGAACAUUUUCUGGCAUCUCAAGUAGAAAUUACUUAUGUUCUUUCUUUAUACCCAUCCAUCAUUUUUCCCAAAUCUGCAGUAAUUCCUGAACCAGAGAAAUUUGUGGAUAUUACUGGGGAUUAUCCAAACCUUUCCAGAGGUUCCUCUGGCUUGUCGGAUGAUAUGGAAUCAAAUACUCAUGUAUUGGAGUCUGUUGAGACAGAUAUUGAAUCCAAAAAAACGAGCCACAAUACUUUGAUGGCUCUUAUUAAGUUUCUGCAGAAAAAAAGAUAUGGUAUUAUUGAAAAAGCUACUGCCGAGGGAACUGAAGAGGUUGUUUCAGAUGCUGUAGGAGAUAGUUUUGUUUCGUAUGGGACUAGUCGGUCCAAGAAAACAAUCAAGGGCCGUACAAAUACUCCUAUCGGCUCAGUUGCUCGGGAUAUGGCAGCUAUACUGGACACUGCACUUCUACAAGCACUGAUUUUAACUGGACAGGCUUCAGCUGCUCUGGAUUUGCUGAGAGGUGUCAACUAUUGUGAUGUAAAGAUCUGUGAGGAAUUCCUGCUGAAAAGGAGUCAGUAUUUCUGUUUGAUAGAACUUUACAAAACCAGUGGAAUGCAUCGUGAAGCACUCAAACUUCUUCAUCAAUUGGUGGAAGAGUCAACGUCAGACCAAGCACCUGCUGAGCUGUCACAGAAAUUCAAGCCUGAGUUGAUCAUUGAAUACCUAAAACCUCUGUGUGAGACUGAUCCCAUGCUUGUUUUGGAGUUCUCAAUGGUCGUCCUCGAAAGUUGUCCGAUGCAAACUAUUGAGCUGUUCUUAUCUGGGAACAUUCCGGCAGACCUGGUCAAUUCAUACUUAAAGCAGAAUGCUCCUAAUUUGCAGGCUACAUAUUUGGAACUGAUGCUUGCAAUGAAUGAAAAUAGCAUUUCCGGAAAUCUUCAGAAUGAAAUGGUGCAAAUAUAUCUUUCAGAAGUGCUUGAUUGGUAUAAUGAACUUAAUUCUCAGAAGAACUGGGAUGAGAAAACUUAUUCCCCAACAAGAAAAAAGCUACUGUCUGCUCUGGAGAGUGUCUCUGGGUACAAUCCAGAUAUUUUAUUGAAGCGACUUCCUCCAGAUGCAUUGUAUGAGGAACAUGCUAUGAUGUUGGGAAAAAUGAAUCAACAUGAGCUUGCCCUAUCCAUUUAUGUACACAAGCUUCAUGUUCCUGAUCUUGCUCUCUCCUAUUGUGAUCGAGUAUAUGAGUCUGGAGUUCAGCAACAUUCAGUAAAAUCUCACGGCAAUAUAUACCUCACACUACUGCAAAUCUAUUUGAACCCUCGGAAGACUACAAAGAACUAUGAAAAUAGAAUCAAUAAUCUGGUAUCAUUACAGAGCCCUGGAAUGCCUAGGCUUGGCCCAGGACCUACAACUAAACUCAUCAGGGGAAACCGCUCUAAGAAAAUUGCAGAAAUUGAAGGUGCUGAGGACAUUCGGAUCAGUCCAAGUGGCACAGAUAGUAAUAAGAGUGAUGGUGAUGUGGAUGAUACUGGUGAGGAAGGAGUUUCUACUAUUAUGCUUGAUCAGGUCCUUGAUCUGUUGGGACGAAGGUGGGACCGAAUCAAUGGAGCUCAGGCCUUGAAACUCUUACCACGGGAGACCAAAUUGGAGAACUUGCUUCCGUUUCUUGGACCUCUUCUGAGAAAAUCAAGUGAAGCACAUCGAAACUUUUCAGUGAUCAGGAGUUUGAGGGAGAGUGAAAACCUACAGGUGAAAGAUAAGCUCUAUGCCCAGAGGAAAGCAGUAGUGAAGAUCACCGGUGAUAGCAUGUGCUCUCUUUGCAACAAGAAGAUAGGGACGAGUGUUUUUGCUGUGUAUCCAAAUGGCAAGACAAUCGUACACUUCGUUUGCUUUAAAGAUUCGCAGAACAUGAAAGCUGUUACAAGGGGCUCUCAGUCGCGCAAGAGAUGAGUGCAAAAUAGCAACCUUGUAUGCUUUGUCUGGUUUAGAGAUUUGCAGAACAUGAAAGAUGUUACAAGGGACAAUCUCAGUCGUGCCAGAGAUGAGUGCAAAAUAGCAACCUUGUUCUCAUCAUUCUCAUGUAUUACAGUUGCCAUAAGUUUUGUGCAAUUUAAUGUGUGGUGGUGUGUUGUAAGAUUAUCUGCAAAUGCGAUUUUAAAUUAUUUGCGGUUUUGAAAGGUUGAACCCUAAUCCCGAGGGUUUCCUAUCAUCCUAUCAUCCCAUCUCUAAGGUUUUGUGGUGGAGAUAAAUCUCAGAAUAUGCUUCAUUAGAGACUCAGAGCUUGUUAUACUAGUGUGGUUGGGCAAUAAUACAUUAAUACCCUUUGUAAUGCGCACAUUUUUCUGUACCAAGAGAAUUAAUUCCAUUUGUGAUUAUGGUUAUAAUUCAAACUCAUUUAAUUUUCAA